UCUUAGGUCGUACACAUAUACAAGCAUUCAUUCUUUGACACAACUCAGUCUUUCACUAAUCUUAAUCAAAGCUCAGCACUCUUAAUUGUUCGAACUUUCUCUCUUCGUUCUUUGCAAACUCCAGGAUUUUCCUUAUUGUUGAACACACAUUCACUCAAGAAACCAACCACCCAACAAUCCCAUAAUCAUCAUGCAUUUCAAGCAAACCGCACCAGUCCUCGGCUCUUUGGCCCUGGCCUCCCUUGUCACAGCUGCUCCCAUGGAGAAGCGUGGCUCGAUCUCCUACGGUGACCGAACCGACCAUAUUAAGGCCUACCAAGACUCUCAACCGGCCGCUUCUUCAGGCUACCCAGCAGCUUCUUCCUCCACUGGAUCUUGGGGAUACGGCAGCUCCAGCGCUGCUAGCAACGGCUACUACGCCCCAACCUCCACCAGUGCCUCCUGGGCACCUUCCUCGACUAGCUCUGCUUCCUGGUCAAGCGGCAGUGCUGGUGCCAAUCUUGGUGACAACCCCUUCAAGUUCCCUCUUGCCAACGGCUUCCCCAACGUCCAGAACCCUUCGUCCGCUCUGACGCAGAUCGAGGACGCAGCCCACGGUACCCUUCCCAACGGAGCACCACCGCCAUCCAUCAACCCCGAUGAUCUCCUGUCCCAGCGUCUGAUUGCUUUCAACGAGCUAUGGGAGGUGGCUUUCUUCACUGAGCUGCUGGCCAACGUCACCAACAACGUUGCAGGCUACCAAUUCCAGGACCAGAACCAGCGACAGAGUGUCAUCACCGCCCUGACCGCCAUUCAGGCUCAAGAGGAACUCCACGCCCUCAACGCCAAUGGCGUCCUCAACCACUUCAAUGCCGGUCCCAUCCAGCCCUGCACCUACGUCGCACCUGUCUCGGACUUCCCCUCCGCCAUCGCGUUGGCUGCUAAAUUCACUGACGUCGUCCUUGGCACAUUGGGAGAUGUCAUCGUCAAGCUCGGUCUCAAUGGAGAUGCCAAAUUGGCCCGCGGUGUUGUCGGGGUUGUCGGCCAGGAAGGCGAACAGAACGGCUACUACCGCGAGCUCCUUGGCGAGAUUCCCAGUGCCGCCCCCUUCCUGACCGCCUCUACUCGCGAGUUCGCCUUCUCCGCCUUGAACCAGGACUUUGUCGUCGCAGGCUCCUGCCCUAACAUCAACACCAUCAACCUGCCCAUCUUCGGUGUUCUGAACCUCGAGACCCCGACUGUUGCAGCUCAAGACCAACAACUCACCUUCUCGUUCGAUGCCGCUGGCCAAUACAGCAAGUGGACCAGCUGGCAGGGUCUCAACCUGGUUUAUAUCAACCAGCAAAACACCCCCGUCGCCAUUCCUAUCUCCGGAGCUCAAGUCAGCGGCAGCCAAGUCACAUUCUCCGCCAACUUCCCCUUCACGGAGAACCUGAUGUUCGGUCUGACCAUUGCCGUCGUGACCAACGGCGCCGGUCCUUUCGCCGACGUCGACGCCGUUGCCGCUGCUACUCUCUUCGGACCUGCAUUGAUCGAGGUCCAGUAGACUAUCAUUGCGAAGUCAAGAUAUGUGGAUAUGUGACUAGGUCUGGGUUUGGGUUACUUGGGCGGCAUGGAGUUUCACAGGGGUACUGGCGUUUGCAAUUUGCAUUUGCAUUCUGAAUAUUGUCUUGGGUACAUUUGGUUCUCUUGUCUCCAAAAGUAUAGCUUAAUU